AUGGGUUGUGGAACUUCAAGCGAUACGAGUAGAGUCGUCGAACCUUUGGCUUCUCAAAGGCAAAGGCCAAAAAUUAAUAGCAAGACUUCUGUAUCCAAUUCACUUGCAAAGCCAACACUAAGAGAUAAUAGGCCAAAAUCAUCCCAAUUAAUGAAAUUUUUCAGAACUAAAAAAUCGAAAAGCAAAAGCGCAUCGCAAAAAUAUAAUGCGUUGGAAAUUUUGUCUCUAAAUAUAUAAAUUCAAAUUUAAAAAAACAAGUUUUCUCAGGAAAAAUUUAAAUUUGAAAUUCCAUUUUUAAAAGGACCUGAAGGUUGGAAGUAAUAUAUCCUAGAGUUUUUAUAGAAUCUCAAGGCUUUCUACACUUCAAAGAAAGCCAACUCAUGAUGGAAGCCGUGUUAAUCUAUUAAUUGAAGAUGGGCUUGACCUAAUAGGUACUGAUGAUCUAAUACUCAGCUAG